UACAGAAGAUGACCAGAGACUGCGGACACAGUAGAGGAGAUGACCAGAGACUGCGGACACAGUAGAGGAGAUGACCAGAGACUGCGGACAGUACAGGGAUGACCAGAGACUGCGGACAACAAUGCAGGGAUGACCAGAGACUGCGGACACAGUACAGGAGAGAACCAGAGACUGCGGACACAGUACAGGAGAUGACCAAAGACUGCGGACACAGUACAGGAGAUGACCAGAGACUGCAGACAGCACAGGGAUGACCAGAGACUGCAGACAGCACAGGGAUGACCAGAGACUGUGGACAGUACAGG